GAGUUUCGCACUAUUGAUAGCAACCACGGUGGCAAGGUCCUCUUCGUCGAAUUCUGCGCCUGGGUCCGGAAUCGUAUCAGCCCAGAUGCGCACGCAAAUUUUGACGGUGACAUCGUCUCCGGGGAACAUUGUGGACGCUCGUUGCGCCAGCACAAAGGUAAUGCUGCGACGCACGAGCAUUUCAUCAGCAAAAAGAACUUGGCAGAUUUCGACUCGCUGGAAAAGGAGAUCAAGGCUCUAGCAUCGGACCACAAGAAGCUUCACGCGCUGUGGAGGAUCCUCGACUUUAACGGCAACGGCAUUGUCUCACUGGCUGAGAUCGACAAGAUGGUCGUGGAGCAGUACCCGCUGCUGAACCAUAAGCCCGCCCUGAUGCGGGCUUACAAGAAGACGAUCUCGAAAGAAGGCGGUGGAGAUGGUGACGACUGGGUCGAGCGCAAGGAGUUCAAGCAGCUGCUUGUGAACCUCUUCUACUUCAACAAGGUUUUCUGGAUCUUCGAUCAGUCUGCCGGCGCGGACUUGGAUCGGCGCAUGACGCUGCAGGAGUUCAAAAGGUGCCUCGUGCUGUGCGGCUGCGGCAUGCACGAUGCCGACGCACGCCGCGAGUUUCAAAGCAUCGACAGGAACGGAGGUGGCAUUGUCCUUUUCGACGAGUUCUGCCUGUGGUUCGCCGGAAAAUCCUGCCCACAGGGCAUGGUUGCACUCGUCGAAUAG